AGUCGGUUUAAGGGAAUCGAGUUUGAUCAAGGUCCGUUGAUUUUUAGCUGCAUUCUCGUUAGUGGGCAAAAGGCUCCAAAUGUGUUCAACUUUUUCAAAUGGCAACGUAGUGAUUCAUCAUCGUCUUUGACUACUGGAUUGCUUCAUAAUGCGUCGCACGAGAUUGAGCUAUCCAACUAUGGGGGAAUACCAAGUCCUGGUAGUGAGAGCCCGUCGGGACUUCUUAAUGGAGAGAGCUUGAAUGUUCAGCCAAUUGCUGAUUUGGAUCUCUUCUUUGAAAAACUCUACAGCUACUACAGAGACAAAGGCCUUUGGUGCAUCAUCGUAAAGUGGGCUGUUGAGCUUCUAAGUCUUGGCUUCAUCAUAUGCUUCUCUGGGUUUUUCUUGUUGUUUGUUGAUUGGCAUGGUCUUCAGAACGCAAAAUGUGGAAUGGAUGCAGUUGAAUCGGGAACUAAGCCAUGUGAUCUUGUUAAAGAAGCUAUCCAUCAGCAUCCUCUAUCCCCUUUCACGCUCACAACGGCUAUAAUUGUUGGAUAUUUGGCCCUCUUCUCAUUGUACUGGAUCUUCUGCUUCUUAAGGUUCUUCGCCCAGUUGAAAGAUACUUUGGACUUUCGGCACUUCUAUUACAACAGUCUCCAUGUCACAGACAACGAAAUCCUUACUAUGCCAUGGGCAACAGUCCUUGAGAAGGUUGUUCAAUUACAAAGCUCACAAUGCCUUUGUGUGGUUAAGGAUCUGUCAGCUCAUGAUAUUGUUAUGCGCCUUAUGCGGAAAGAAAAUUACUUGAUUGGAAUGCUCAACAAAGGUCUGCUUUCUUUCCCAAUUUCCCACUGGAUCCCUGGUGCUGGUCCUGUAGUAAAAUCUGCUCCAGAUGGGACACAGUAUCACCUUGUUUUGACAAAGACCCUUGAGUGGACCCUUAACUGGUGCAUAUUGCAGAGCAUCAAUUUUCGUGUUAGAAGGGACUUUGUUUCAAAUCCGACGACACUGAAGAAACGGCUAUUCGUGGUUGGGCUAGCUAUGCUUCUGCUGUCACCAUUUCUUGUCAUCUUUAUGUUGGUGUAUCUAUUCCUAAGGCAUGCUGAACAGUUCUACAAUCAUCCAAGUACUGCAUCUUCUCGAAGAUGGUCCAAUUUGUCUAAGUGGCUCUUCAGGGAAUUCAACGAGGUUGACCAUUUAUUCAAGCAUCGGAUUAACAGCAGUGUCGUUGACGCCUCUGAAUACCUAAAACAGUUCCCCUCACCUAUCAUCUCCAUUAUUGCGAAGUUCGUUUCGUUUGUUUCUGGCGGCUUUGCUGCUGUGUUAAUCAUCAUUGCGUUUCUGGAAGAAUCUCUUCUAGAGGGCCAUAUAUACGGUCGCAAUCUGUUCUGGUAUGCUGCUGUAUUCGGAGCCAUUACAGCUAUUAGCCGGGCUGCUAUUUCGGAUGAACUUUUGGUCCUCGACCCAGUAGGAACUAUGACUGCAGUGGUCCAACACACUCACUAUAUGCCUAAGAGAUGGCGUGGUAAGGAGAACAAAGAUGAUGUCCGUCUGGAAUUAGAGACUCUGUUUCAGUAUACUGGAAUGAUGUUACUGGAGGAGAUAGCUUCGAUUUUCAUAACACCGUUUUUGCUGAUGUUUGUCGUGCCAAAGCGGGUUGAAGAUAUACUGCAAUUCAUCAGAAGUUUUACAGUUGAUAUUGAAGGUGUAGGCAAUGUUUGCAGCUUUAGUGCUUUUGACUUUGAGAACCAUGGAAAUACUAGAUAUGGUUCACCUCGUAAUGCAUCUCGUGAGGAGAGAAGCUCUCAGGGGAAGAUGGAGAAAUCAUUCUUGAGAACUUUCCGAGACCAAAAGCUUCAAGAGAUAAACACAAGACACACGUAUUCUCCUAGCAGGGCGUGGCGGGAAGCCCCUAUCCUUCGUGCUGGUCAUAUAGAUAACAACAGCACUCUAUACAGAGACAUUCCAAGAAACCCGCCUUCGAGAGGCAAUCACGUUGACUCCAUGUGGCUGAUUGAUUCAGACCAGCGGAAUCACCCUUAUCUUCUUGACUGGUACUAUACUUCUCAGCCUCACAACAGAACCGUUCAUCACUCGAUAGAGAGAGAGAACAAAAUCUUGACUCCAAACCCAAACGCUGCGGAUUGUUGGCCUCCUGAUUUGGGAGUCCGUGGUGAAGAUAUGGAGGCAAGCACGUCGGGCCAGUUCUUCAGAGAGAGCAUCCUGCGGCAGCACCAACCUGAUGGAGAAGAAAACUAUGGGAAUCAUCAUCAUCCUCUUGAUGGUAGGAGCCAGUGGUGGGGAAGAGGCGGCCGUUCUCACGAUGGUGCAUCUCAUCCCGCAACCGCCAAUAGCUUCAUCGAGCCACCUGAUUUUAUAAACCGGUACACAACUACGAACUUGUUAGACAGCUCAUGGGACAGAAGAAGCAUUGAAGAAGAAGAAGAACAAGAAGAAGGAUUGGAUUGGGAGGAGGCUGCAAGAAGAAAGUUGUCGAGAACUACAUUCAUGGAUGAUGAUGAUGACAUUGAAGCUGGGAUAGAUCUCCAUUUCGACGAUGUAUAUAGCUCAAGACCUCAUGAAACUUCAACACCAAGCACCACAUUAGGUCUUUCGAUUUCUCUAAUCCGUCGCCUUCAUUUUAACAAAUUCAGAUCAAUCCCAUCUUCAAUCCACCUGAAUUACAUUUCGGAUGCUUCUCCUUCAUCUUCUUCUUCGUCUUCUCUAGUCUUCUCCUCAGCACGCGAAAUAUCAACUUGCCGCGGAACCUAUGGUGGCCUGGUCGUCAACAAAAGGAACGAGCUAGGUUUAUCUGCUCUCAAACUAGGUCUCCAUCUCGAUCGCGAAGGUGAGGAUCCUGAAAAGGUUCUAUCUUACGCUGACAAAGCUCUUAAAUCUUUCGAUGUAAUCGGAGACAAACCUACUCUGCUUGUUGCCAUGGCGUUGCAAUUGAUGGGCUCUGCUAAUUACGGAUUAAAACGGUUUAGUGAUAGUUUGGGUUACUUAAACAGAGCAAAUCGGAUCCUUGUUAAGCUAGAGGCGGAUGGUGAUUGUGUUGUAGAAGACGUUAGGCCUGUUCUUCACGCCGUGCAGCUCGAGCUUGCCAAUGUUAAGAAUGCCAUGGGAAGGCGAGAGGAAGCUAUUGAGAAUCUGAAGAAGAGUAUGGAGAUAAAGGAGAUGACUUUUGAGGAAGAUAGUAAAGAGAUGGGUGUUGCGAAUCGGAGUCUGGCUGAUGCUUAUGUAGCGGUUUUGAAUUUCAACGAGGCUUUGCCUUACGCGUUGAAGGCUUUGGAGAUACAUAAGAAAGAGUUGGGGAAUAAUUCAGCUGAGGUUGCUCAAGAUAGGAGGCUUCUCGGUGUGAUCUAUAGCGGUUUAGAGCAACAUGACAAGGCUUUGGAGCAGAACCGACUGUCUCAGAGAGUGUUGAAGAACUGGGGAAUGAAACUUGAGCUGAUUCGUGCGGAGAUCGACGCUGCAAACAUGAAGGUUGCUUUGGGUAAGUACGAGGAAGCAAUUGAUAUAUUGAAGGGCGUUGUGGAACAGACCGAUAAGGAUAGUGAGAUGAGAGCAAUGGUGUUCAUAUCGAUGUCGAAAGCUUUGGUCAAUCAACAGAAGUUUGCUGAUUCAAAGAAAUGUUUGGAGAUGGCUUGCGAAAUCCUCGAGAAGAAAGAAACAUCUUCGCCUGUAGAAGUCGCGGAAGCAUACUCAGAGGUAGCGAUGAUGUAUGAGUCGAUGAACGAAUUUGAAACCGCUAUUUCGCUACUGCAGAAAACGUUGGGCAUACUUGAGAAGCUUCCUCAAGAACAGCACUCAGAAGGAAGUGUUUCAGCUAGGAUAGGUUGGUUGCUUUUGUUCUCGGGUCGAGUCUCUCAAGCUGUUCCUUAUUUGGAAAGUGCAGCGGAGAGGUUAAAAGAAAGCUUUGGUGCUAAACAUUUUGGAGUUGGGUAUGUUUACAACAAUCUCGGCGCAGCUUAUUUAGAACUCGGAAGACCACAUUCUGCUGCUCAGAUGUUUGCGGUUGCUAAAGACAUUAUGGAUGUUUCACUUGGUCCUAACCAUGUUGAUUCAAUCGACGCUUGUCAGAAUCUCUCUAAAGCUUAUGCAGGGAUGGGAAAUUAUAACCUCGCAGUGGAAUUUCAACAGCGAGUGAUCAGUGCUUGGGACAAUCAUGGAGAUAGCGCGAAAGACGAAAUGAAAGAUGCGAAAAGACUUCUUGAGGAAUUGCGAUUAAAGGCUCGAGGAGGCGUUUCAACAAGUGAUCUUAAAACGGUAGUCAAUAGCCUCCAUAGGGUUGUUGUUGUUGUUGUUGUUGUUUAUCCUAUCGACCACGGCGGCGACGAGGCGGAGAAGACCGACGCGGCGAGUCAUAGGAGAGAAAAGCUGAGUGACCGGGAGCUCAUUCAAGUAAUCUACAAGAAUAUGUUCCAGGGAAAAAUAACCUACUUACACUCGGAUAAAGGACGCGAAAUGUCCCCAACCAUGGGAGCACACGAAAACACACUUCUUAUCCGUAAGAUACCAGUUGCUAAUACGAGGUAUCUAUUUAUUGGAGAUGCUGUAGUCUUAAAGGACCCAAACAAUUCAGAUAAGUGUCUGGUAAGAAGAUUAGCAGCUGUAGAAGGGUUCGAAAUGGUAUCAGGUGAUGAAAAAGAGGAGCCUUUUGUUCUCGAAAAGGACCAGUGUUGGGUAGUAGCUGAAAACCAGGAGCUCAAAGCUAAGGAAGCAUAUGAUAGUCGAACAUUCGGUCCAGUUUCAACAGCAGACAUUGUUGGAAGAGCUAUAUAUUGUCUGAGAACAGCCGUGGAUCAUGGUCCCGUUCGGAACAGUAACACCGCAAUGGGACUAGAUUCUCCAAUCUUGGCAGUAGAAUUGGACGUGGACGAGAUGGCUAAGAACCACAAGGCACAAUAAAGAGAGACACUUUCUUGUGUUUGUCUGUUUCAAAGCUUAAAUUUGCGUUAUUUGAUUGAGAGAUAUAAGAAAACGAAUAAAUCUGACAGUGAUAUGAUCAAACCGAAAUUUUACGUGUGACAAACAAAGCUAUGUAUCUCGUCGGUGGAAUAAAAAUGAUUUUUCUGUUUCUUAAUUAUUGGAUCUGAUCAUGUGACGCAUA